UUUAUUCCGCCUUCACCUGUUUUCCAGCUUUGUUCCCCCCUACUGCAAAAUGUGAAGGGUCCCGAAAUGUUACCUAUCAAUGUCUUCCAGAGAUGCUACCUGACCCGCUGAGUUACUCCAGCACUUUGUGUUUUAUUUCUGUAAAUCAUCAUCCGGAGCUCCUACUUAAUAUUUCCAUUCUGUGCGUGCAUGUGUUUACUUUUUGUAACCAUUAAUCUUUUGUAACCAUUAAUCUUUUGUAACCGUGCUCUGUUAAUGCAAUACAAUGCUUUCGUCCGCCGAAUAACGGGUAUUUAGGGAGCUUUCUGUACAGCACGUCUGCUAUUUUGCAAAGUGAAAGGAAAGGGGGCGCUGCUGGGUAUUUUUUUGAAGGUUUAAGGUUUAAAUUACGUUUUUCAUCUGGAAAAUCUGCGAUCGGCCGCGCUGCAGCCGGCGCCCAGGGAUCCCGGUGGCAACACUUUGGAACGUGAAGGUCCCGGUGCAACGUUCCAAUGGAACGCUCCCUGGACAUUGUUGCAAAGCGCGGCCCGCGCGCCAGCUCCUUCAUCGGCCGCGAGGCGCUCCCGCACUUCCUGGGUGGACGAAAGGCUCUCUUGCUCUGCAAAUCUUUCAUGCUCCUGACCCGUGGAUGAGGAAGUAGGCAUCGGAUAAGCAACCCUCUAAAUAAUUGCAACCGAUUUAUGCAACCGGCGGAAGACAUUUAUAGAGAAGAGAAACACACCGGAGAUUUUAAAAAAGGGGCUCGGGGAAAUGUUGAUUAUCGGCAGGUUGGCUUGGGAGAUCCGAGUGUCGUUGUGCGCUGCCGUUGUGUUUCUGUCCAUGGUCAUCUCCAGGAGUUUAAGAGACUACAUUGAUCAACCCACACUGCUGAAGUUGUUCCGCGUGCAGUUUCUGCUCUUUGUCAACAUCCUCAUGUCAAUCGGUUCGCGGUACAUCUGGAAGAAGAUUGUCACCAACCUGCACACUUUAUGUACAGCCUCCUGCAAUCAUGUCAAGUGUUUUACCCUCUGGAAAAUCACAAUUGUGGUUUUUCUAUUCCUGACACAUUCCAGUUUCGUUUCUUUGCUGACUUUGGUUUCAGAGGAGCCUCACAUCUUUUCCAUGGUCUCCUACUCCUGCCUAGGAAUCUACAUUUUCCUCAUUUUCAGUCUGUUUGUAUUAGGGCUGUUGGAAAAGGCCCAGAGAUUGAUCAGUUUUAGACGGGCUCCCUCGUCCAUCCAAAACCGGAAUGUUAUUUCCGUGGCCCUGGCCCUCCUGUUUACGUUUGCUUGCACUGUCAUGGGCCUCCUCAAUGCACGCCAGCCUCCAAUGAUCAAACAGGUGGAGUUAUCUCUCCCCAAGCUACCUCGGUCAUUCCACAAUUUGAAGAUAGUAUUGUUGGCUGACAUUCAUUUAGGGCCCACAGUGGGAAGGACCCAACUUGAAACGGUUGUGAAAAUGGUCAAUGAACUAAAUGCAGAUGUCAUCGUGAUAGUCGGUGACCUGACUGACUCCCAGGUGGUCAAUCUCAGAACAGCCUCUGAGCCUCUGAGAAAGCUGAUGCCAAAAUUAGGAACGUACUUUGUUACAGGUAACCAUGACUACUACAGUGCUGAUGUCAGCAACUGGUUUACGCACCUACAGUCGUUGAAUGUUCAGCCUCUCCACAAUGAACACGUCAAGAUUUACAGCCCCAGUGGCAACAAUGACUGGUUCUGCCUGGCUGGGGUCGAUGAUGUUGAAGCAGAAAUGUUACGGUAUCCUGGACAUGGUAUGGACUUGAAGAAAGCAUUGGAUGGCUGUAGUACAGAAGAUGCUAUCGUGCUGUUAGCGCACCAGCCAGUAGCCGCCAAACGUGCUCUUCAAAGCAGGCCAGAUAUCAGCCUGAUUCUCUCUGGUCAUACCCAUGGUGGACAGAUCUUUCCUCUAGCAAUUGCUGCCUAUUUCUUGAAUCCAUACUUUGAAGGUCUUUAUAAAACCGCUCAGAACAAUUUUGUGUAUGUAACUCCUGGGACAAUUUACUACGGCAUUCCAAUGAGACUAGGAAGCAGAGCAGAAAUAACAGAACUCAUUUUUAAGACUGAGUGACAUUACUCUCUUGCUUCUAGCAUCUCCAUUUGUGAGCAAUGAAUGUUAUGUUUGUGGCACAUGUAAAGAAUAUGUCGAAUUUGAGUCUGAAGAAGAAAUAUCACCUGCCUAUUCUCUCCUCAGAUAGAAACAUAGAAAAUAGGUGCAGGAGGAGGCCAUUCGGCCCUUCGAGCCUGCACUGCCAUUCAUUGUGAUCAUGGCUGAUAAUCCACAAUCUAACCUGUAACUGCCUUCUCUCCAUACUCCUUGAUUCAAUUAGCCCCAAGAGCUCUAUCUAACGCUCUUUUAAAUUCAUCCAGUUAAUUGACCUCCACUGCCUACUGUGGCAGAGAAUUCCACAAACUCACAACUCUCAGGGUGAAAAAGUUUUAUUCUCAUCUCAGUUUUAAAUGGCCUCCCCUUUAUUCUUAGACCGUGGCCCCUGGUUCUGGACUCCCCCAAUAUUAGGAACAUUUUUCCUGCAUCUAGCAAGUCCAGUCCUUUUAUAAUUGUAUAUGUUUCUAUGAGAUGCCCUCUCAUCCUUCUAAAUUCCAGCAAAUACAAACCCAGUUUUUCCAAUCUUUCCUCAUAUGACAGCCCCGCCAUCCCGGGGAUUGACCUCAUGAACCUAAGCUGCACUCCCUCAAUAGCAAAGAUGUCCUUCCUCAAAUCAGGAGACCAACACAGCACAGCACACAAUACUCCAGAUGUGGUUUCACCAGGGCCCUGUUAGUCCUAUACUCAAAUAUCCUUGUAAUGAAGGCCAUUAGCUUGAAGUGGCUGUCGAGUCAUUAGCUUUCUUCACUGCCUUGCUCUGUGUUUUGCUCAAGAUUCCAGCAUCUGCAGACUCUUGUGUUACCCAGGUAAUUAAUUUAAUUGACUGAUUACUGAGGAGCCAUCAAUGUACUGUUUUGAAGAGAUCAAAGUAUAUAUUUCGAAUGACUUGAUCCCUUGUAAGACUACAGGUGCAGAGUAAAGGUUUGUGGCAGUCCUUAUGGAGUUUACAAUUGUUUGUUUGCCCACUCUCUGUGGUCCUUGGGUAUAAAUUAUGAUCUGCCCUACUGGGGGUGUCUCCUGUCCUUCUGUGCUGAUCAUUUGGGGAUCAUAGACUCUACAGCCACUUCAUACAUCCAUAACAGCAUGAUGACUCCUGCAAGUCAUUAAGUGAAAGAUUCUGUAUACAAAUCGCCUUCUCGCAAUCCAAUGUCCAGAGAAACCCUGCUGAAGAAUAAGUGGAAAAUAUUCAUUAAGGACACCCCUGUCUUGCCUAAGGGUUAUGUUCCGUGAACCAAUAUGCAAGUCAGAAUUUAUGAAAGUUGGAAUCCCCAUCACCUGCCCGAAAUAACUCAAUGAGUUUGAAGAAGGAUCUCGAUCCGAAUCGUCACCUAUCCAUGUUCUCCAGAGAUGCUGGCUUGCCUGCUAAAUUAGUCCAGCACUUUGUGUCCGGCACUGGAAGUAUUAGCUCUCUCAGCGGCGUCUGGCUUCAUCAGGGGCACUUUCUGCAGCCUUCUGGGUAAGCAUUGCCGGCUUGAGUUCUGUCUCGCCAAAGAUCUUUGGUCUCGCCGUUAGGGCACUUUCUGCAGCGCAUGGCCUUCUGGGUAAGCAACACCGCCAUUGCCAGCUAGUUUCCAAUGUAAACUUGAGUGAUCGUACAGUGUGUUUAAAUGACUGACUGCCAGACUUACUAUUUAUAUAAAUGCAAGUUUACGCAAGUCGCCUAUUGCGUAAGUCACGGAGUGUCUGUACCUAGUUAUCUUAAAGAGGUUUUAUUCUCACUUUCCUGACCGCCAUUGAAUUCUAAAUCAAAAAUAUUUUUGUUUGUGAAUUUUGUGUACGUUUGAUAUUUGUCAAAAGUACUACAAUUAUUACUGGUUUAUUAAUGCCUUAAAUUGUUGCUGAUUCUAUAAACCCAUCUAUGUGAUGCAAUGUUAAUUACUGCAUUGUUUAAGAAUGGCUGGUCUAUAAAUACUAGAGAGACUAUUCCUCUUCUCUUGAUUUGACUUCCAUUGAUCAGUGUUGAUUUUAUAUACUUUGAGUAUAUUGCAAUCUCUUGGUCAUUCCUUGUGAUAUCAUCUUAACGUAACACAUAUUGCGCUUCCUUGCUGUAAAAGGCAGUAAUAUUUUAUUAUUCUUUCAGUUUUGAGGAGCAUUGUCAUCAUUGUUAAGAUGGUUAUAGGACCUGUCCCACUUAUGUGUCUUUUUCGGCGACUGCCGGCACCUGUCAUAGGUCGUUGCAAGUCGCCGAAAAUUUUCAACAUGUUGAAAAUCCAGCGGCGACCAGAACAAGGUACGACUCUAUGGGCGACUACUCAUGAUCCUACAGGCUUCACCCUGCGACGUGUCGUCAGGGUGUCUCCUGUUUGGUCGUGAGUAGUCUCCUCAGUCCCGUAGCGUCUUUCUGGUUGCCGCUGAAUUUUCAACAUGUUGAAAAUUUUCGCCGACCUGCAACGACCUAUGAUGGGUGCCGGCAGUCACAGAAAAAGUCGCGUAAGUGGGACAGGCCCAUAUCACUGUUGCUGUGUGAAGGAGAAUGCAGUUGCUUGGUUCCGCAACUAUCGGCAGUAAGUGUGUGAAAACAUGAAUUCAGUUAUCUGAAUAUAGAAAUUUAAAACAAACCUUUAGCAACUGGGCCAAGCUAUAGAAAAUAAAAUGAGUAUUCCAAUCCAGUCGGUCCUAGUCACUUCAAAUCAUUUCUUAAUAAAUGCUUGAAUCAGUUUGAAUUAACUGAUCAAAAUGGGAAACUAGUCAACAAAGUAAUUAACAGCUGAUUUGAAUUAAGAGUACACAAAUACAUUUUGUAACUUUCAACAUCUCAACUAAAGCUGAGGUUAUUGCAAAAAAACAUGCUAUUUUGAAAAAGGAAACAGGUCUGCAAAUCUAAGAAAGUAAAUAGAAAAUGUUGGAAUGCACACUAAAGAAAAAGGUGGGUGAAUAUUUUGGAUGUUACACCUUUCAUUAGAAAAUGGUUAUUGCAACCGUUGACGAGAGACACUUUGGUAGCAAUGAAUCCUCAGUUUCGACUAUAUUGCACUUCAAACUCGUGAUAGUGAAUAAACAUUUGUGUCUUUGUUUUCUUAAAUUUCCCUUUACUCCUUGUUCAUCAUUCCCAAAUAGGUACAGAACACAGAUUGCCUUUUAUGCAAUGUAAGGAAAAUAGAAUAAACAGACUUGACUUAAUUAUUGGGCAUAGCAAGAACCUGGCACUGUCGAAUGUUUUUGCCAAAUACAAGGUUACGUUUGUUAAAUGUAAAAACUGGUUCUGAAAUACUGUCCAGCUAAAUCAGGAACCAAAUAUGUUCAACAAAACUUGUGAGUGUUUUAAUCUGUGGAAUCUUUUUAAAGAUGAAUAAAUGUUCUCUAUCAAAA